UAGUGGGUGGUAACCUGUUACCACGGGCGCUGUUCGUUUGCCGUUGCUGUGGCAGCCGGAGCCUUUCGAGGCCUGGCUGGGAGACUUUCGGGCGGGACGGAGGCCCCAGGCGGUACCAGCGGCAGCUCCGCCGCUUUCUCCUCCCCUUCCCCAUCCCCGCCGCAGCCGCUCACGCUGCUGGUGAUGCAGCCCUGCGGCGGGGGCGGAGACGGGGAGGCAGUGGGCGCCGUGCUGCAGCCUCAGGGGGGCCCGGCGGGGCAGGCCUCUUCCGAGGCGCCCCCGACUCAGGGCAGCCUCAUGCUCUUUUACGAGCUGGGCCCCGCGGGCGAGGCGGAGGCGGAGGCGGACGGCGAGCCCGCAGGCGGCGAGAGCGCAGGCAGUCCCGGCGGCGGCCUGGAGGAUCUGGACGACGAGGACGAGAACGGCGCCCAGUCUGGCGGCCGCUGCAAGAGCUGCACCUACCAAGGCUGCAGUGAGACCACCACACAAGUGGCCAAGCAGCGCAAGCCCUGGAUGUGCAAGAGGCACCGCAACAAGAUGUACAAGGACAAGUACAAACGCAAGAAGAGCGACCAGGCCUUGGGGGGCGGAGGAACGGUAGGCCCCGCCGCCGCCACCACCACCACCACAGCAGCAGCGCAGGGAGGAGGAGGAGCCGCUGCCGCCACUGCCCCGGCAAGCAGUGGGCGAGCUGAGGAUUGCACUGAAAAUACAGGUUCUGCAUCAAAGCAAAGAACAGGUUCUAUUGGUGAUCGACCAGCAAAGCCUACACUUUUGGAGCAAGUGUUGAACCACAAAAGACUGUCACUUCUUAGAAGUCCAGAAGUUGUCAAUUUUUUACAAAAACGACAGCAGCUGUUAAGUCAACAAGCUUUGGAGCAAAGGCAACAACAGUUCUCUGGAGCACCAGUGUGAUAGUGGAGGAUCGUUGAACAUUUUCAUAUUAGAAAAUAACUUCACCAUUUUAUCUGUUGUAAGAGAACAUUGAACUGCUGUCAUUGUGGAAUGUGGUUUUACUUGCUACUUAGAUUGUUCCAGGUUUGCUGACUUGUCUAUUUGCCCUUUGUGUUUCAGUAAUGGUGUUUGGCUUCUAUUUAUUUUAAAUUUAUAUUAGUUUUUAUGGAUUUUUCCUUCACAGAAAUAUUCCAUUAAUUUUUUGGAAACUGUUCUGAGAAGGAGGCAUAUAAAUUAAUAGACCAAAUCAAAAAUGAUUGCUUAAAUGUUUUGCUAUGUGAAAGGCUUAAUAUCUUAAUUCUUUAAUGGCAAUCAUUGAAGAAAGCAAUACUUACUUUCUGUGGAAGUUGUAAAAUGUAAACUUGGAGCCAAUCCUGUAGCAUAUAUUGCUGAGGGAUGUAUGUAGGGUGGGUGCUGGGCUCUCGGGUUUAUGAGGAAAGCUCAGCAAGUUCUGGCCUACUUCUCCAGUGUUGGUGAUUUGUCCCUCUGGUCAAACUAGUUGAUUGUCAUCUAUUACAUUAAUUUACAAUGUAUCCCAUGUUGGUAUUAAUUUUGUAUACAUUUUGUAAACAUGGUUUUCAAGAAUUAGUAUGGUUAUUUCAGUAUAUUACUGGCAUCAAUCAUUAAAAGGCAUUCAUUUGAGCCUAUUUAUAUUAAUUUUCUAUUUUAAUAAGACUUAUUUGUACCAGUGAACAAAAAAUGUUCAGGGAUGUAUUAAAAGUGUCAUUUUUGUAAUUUUCAGGCGAUUUCUGAACAUGUUUAGAAAUUUUUUAGUCUUUUUGAAUAAUAGGUAUGCCAUCUAAGAAUUUUUGUAAUCAUAUUUUUAAGAUACAACAGUUGUGUUUAAUAUAUUGGGCAGAAUCCUACCGGGUUUUCUGCUACUACAAGAGGGGUAGGAAGCAAUCUUGCCCUUCCGCACUGCAGCCUUGACCAUGUGAUGUUUUGUCCACUUGGGCUGUGUAAUAUCCAGAAUAGUUUUAGGAGUCAAAAGGGGGACUUCCACCUUCUGCACCAAUGAAAUGCCUGGUAAAGCCAACCCCUUGUAUUUACAUUGGGGUCAUUCCACCAUCAUAUUAACCUGCUAGUUGCAGAUAAUCCUGUUGUAUUUCUAGCAUGCUUUUUCUAGAGAAAAAAAUGGUAUGCUGUGCUGAGAUGCAAAUAGUUAUGUACAUUUAAAAUGCCCAUGGUGCUUACCAGUUCUUACUGUUUGAUUGAAUAACAACUGGAGUAACAUUUUUCAAACUCCACCCGAAGGGUAUAGUUCAUGCAGAUUCUGUUUUUCUGCUUACUGUAUUUAUUUCAUAGUGCAGCACUUCAUUGGCCGUGGCCUGCUUGUGCAGUAAGGGAUGGCUGAAAUGUUCCAGCAUUUUGUCGCUACUGAUUAGGUGCCAUUCUUUUCCAACAAUGCUUAAGAAUGUCUACCAAUCAGAAAUAGCAAUUCUCUUUAAUGAUUUUAUACAAAAUUUCAUAGCAUUUCCUGCACUGAGAGUAGUUAGCUGGUCACACAUCUCUACUUUAAAGUUAACUGAGCCCAAGUAUAGAUGAAAGAGAAUUUUGUGAAAGAGGAACCUGGGAAUACAUACAAAAUUUAGAGAACUGCUUCAUCUAGACAAAAUCAUUUUCAGAGUUUACUUGGAAACAGGAAGUAUGUCCUAGUAACUUUUCAGUAGUGUUUAAAAUGAUGUUUAGAGUAGAAUUAACAUACCAUUUACAAAUAUGACUGAAGAUCCCUUAACUAUAGUGAUGUGCAAUGUGUUCUUCUUUUGCACAGACACACCUCCAUAAAUUUCUAAAGGUGAAAGUAGACCCAGAUGCCAAGGAAUUGGAAUCCUUUGUGUGUGGGGAAGUUCCAUGAGCCCAUCUGUGUCUGUAAAAAAUUAUGCUUGAACAAGACAGUGGUUGCCACCACUGCUGAAGUUGAAAUGAGGACGAGGAAUGUUGUAUAAAUAGAAGUGGUUGCUGUGAGCACUAGUUGAGGGCCACAUUCCUUGUUGUGUCAUGGAAGCAAACUAAAUGGUGAGAGGUAUUCUGCAUGGUACGUGGGAUCUACACAAUCUUUGCAAAUAGAUGUGGCUUAAGGAUAGCUCUAACAUACAUUGUCCUGUCCAAAUUGUUUGUAGCUUUUUAUCUGUAGUGUUCUCUGCAGUUCUCUUUUUGAAGUGCUUACCCUUAACAGUAGUACCCACAUUUUUGAUCUGUGAAUAUUAACAGAUGUGGUCUUAAGAAAGCAUAUCCUGCUUAAGCUCAGGGUGGACUAGAAGCUAUGAAAAUGGCUAUAAAAUAUUUUUAUCCAUUUAAUGUCCAAUGUAGGAAAAACCACUGGAUAAAAACUAGAACAAAAUCAACAGCUGAAUUGGGCUUUUUUUAAAAAAAAAAAAAACUUUGUUCAAAUGAAUACCACUUUAUUUUGUUGCUUGCCUCUUAGAAUGGAAAAUAGUGUUGAUAAGGUCUGAAAUUCAUUGUUUGUAUUGAAAGACUGCUAUAAAAAAUAAGUUUGGAUUUUUGUGCAUUAUUUAACUGAGCAAUUACAAAAAGUUUUCACUGUAGUGUAGUAAAUUCAUUAUCAAUGGCUCAUACAACUUGGAAUUUAUCUUACUGUUACCAUAUAGAAAUGCUAAACUUAAAUAUAUUGUCUACAAAA